AUGUCUGAAUUUACCAAUUACAAAGUCCGGUUGACGUUGAAAGAUAAAUCAACUUUGUUAGGUUUAAUAUCACAUGUUGAUGAUAAACAAAUUACUUUAAGUAAUGCAAUUAAUUCAAUUGAUCCUAAAAAUGUUAAUACCUUGAUCAAAAUACCAAAUUCACAGGUAACAGAUUUGAGAGUCAUUCAAUUGCCAACAACAACUAACAAAAAGAACAAAAAGCAAGCAAGAAAUGAAGAGAUUUUGAACGAGUCAACAAAUCAUACACCAUCAAGAUCAAAUACGCCAAAACUUACCAACCAAAACCAUAACGAAAAAAACAAAACUUGGGAAUCAAAUUCGGAUAUCGAAGAUGUGAAAAAUCAAGAAUUUGAUUUUCAAGCAAAUCUAGCGAUGUUUGAUAAGAAAUCAGUUUUUGAAGAUUUCAAAAGGAAAGACAAUAUUCAAUUGAAUGAUAGAUUAGUAGGGCAUAAUAAAAUUGAAAAUAUCAAAAAGAAGGAAAAGUAUGAUGUUGAUGAAAUGGUCCUUCAUCCCACAACAACUAAAGAUAACUGGGAUCAAAUAGGUAAAUCAUUAGAUCGAUCAAGAACUGAAACACCUAAAUCAGAUUCUCAUAGAAAUCAAACGCCUUCAAAACCAAGUGAGGUUAAAAAAAACUACAAGUUGGUGAAUUCGAUAGAUUCAACACCUUUAUUUUCUGCAUCACCUGUGCAAUUGUUGGAAAUUGAAAGAUUUUCAAUGGAUUUGUUUGGCAUCACUCCAGCUAUUAUGUCAGAAGUAUGUGCUACAAAUUUGAGUAGAUUGAUAAUUGACACAUGUUUAGGGGGUUCAGUAAGACUAAGUAAUAAACAAAAUCAUAAUUUACCUCCACUAGUACUUCUCCUAAUUGGAAGUGCAAGAUGUGGAACAAGAGCAUUUGCCACUGGUCGUCAUUUAAGUAACCACGGAGUAAGGGUAUUAGCAUUUGUGGUGUCGUCAGAUGAAUCUGACCCAGAGUUAACACAACAAUGGAGAUCUUUCGAAUCAACUGGUGGAAAAGUAAUAACUGAAAGUUUUGAAGAAUUAGAUGAUAUAAUACGGAAUCAAUUAAAUACCCCCGUGGAACUCAUUAUAGACGCCUUACAAGGUUAUGAUGACCAUUUAGAAGAUAUAUUUUAUAAACCAGAAGAUCAACAAACUUUAUCGACUUUGAUUGAUUGGUGUAAUAAACCCCAACAACAACCAAAAAUAAUGUCAUUAGAUAUACCAAGUGGAAUUGAUGCUGGCUCAGGUUUACCAGAAAAUAAAUUGAAAAUCAAUUGUCACUGGUGUAUAUCAAUGGGAUUGCCAUUGAAUGGAAUAAUACUAGCAUAUAAGAAUGGUUAUAUGGAUGAAGAUAUUAUACAUUAUUUGAUCGAUGUUGGUAUUCCAAACAAAGUAUUUCAAACUAAACCAAAUUUAAGAAAAUUUGAUAGGUAUUGGUAUAUCGCGGAAUCUUCUAUUAAAAUAUCAAUUCAACAUAUAUAG